AUGGGCUACUUAUCCAAAGAUGAUAGCCUGAGAAGGCAAUACAAAAUAAAACGUAACAUCGGCCGAGGUGCAUUCGGACAUGUAAAACUAGCUCGGCAUCGCCUCACAGACAUCCUGGUGGCCAUAAAGACCACGGAAAAUUUACAGGAACGCCUUCGGAUCAUCAGGGCAGAGAUGGCAGCAUUAAAAUUCUUAAAACACCCAUACAUACUUGAGAUCUUUCAAAUAAUAACAACGCCGGAUUACACACACAUCAUAACUGAGUAUGCACCUGGAGGAAGCCUGGCAAAGGUAAUCCGGAAAGGCGGCAGGCUGCAGGAGAAAGAGGCACAGAGACUGUUUGGUCAACUGGUGUCGGCCAUCAGGUAUUGCCAUGACAAUGAUAUCAUACAUAGAGACUUGAAACCCCAGAACAUCUUGCUGGACAGAGAGGGGAAUAUUAAGGUGGCCGACUUCGGUCUUGCCAAAAGAAGUAAACCUGGAACUGUGCUUCAGGGAAGAUGUGGUACAAGCACCUUCAAUGCGCCAGAACUCCUCCUGGGGGAAGUCUACGAUGGGAAGAAGGCAGAUGUGUGGAGUCUGGGUGUGGUGCUCUAUUGUAUGACCACUGGGCACCACCCCUUCAAAGGAAGCAACUCGAAAGACACCACUGGGGAUAUUAUUCGAGGGAGCUAUGAGGUCCCAUCUAGUGUCUCUGGGCAACUCGAAAACCUACUCCACCAAAUGCUAACGGUUGCCCCAGAGAAGAGGCCCACCAUCGAAGAUAUUGAACAACAUCCCUGGGUCAUGAGAUGUGACGUAAACAUCCCAGAUGACAGCUACCCCGAUCCAGACGUAAUAAACCUGAUGGCAAACCAUGGAUUUUCUGCCAAUGCCAUCAGAGAGUCCAUACAUAAUGAAACAUACGAUGAACUGAUGGGGACAUACCUUAUCAUCAAAAGAAACCUUUACAAGGACCUUGAGCUUCACUACAACACCUCAGGCAAGCCUGCGGUCUCUGAAGCCACACCUUCCACAUCGCCAGCACCUCGCCUCACUCGAGGAUCCAACCUGAAGAGCCUGGAGGAGGCCCUCUCCAGAUACUUCAGUGGUGGCCCUGUGACCACUGUCUCUGUGUUCUCUCGGGAUAUUGCUCCAGAUGUGGGACGUCUGGAAAGCCGGGCUCUCAGAUCUACUCCUGCAGCCUGUCUCUCAAACCUGGGCUGGGCCUGCUCCAGUCCUCCUGCAGCAUCAUGGUGGUAA